ACUUUCAUUUGCCUCCGAGACAGGCAACAGUUCGGACGGCAUAUUAGGAAAAUAAAAUAAAUAUUCAAAAUUCAAAAAGGUCUCGAAAAAAUUAAAUCUCGCCAGGUGCGGCGCGUCCGAGAUGUCUGCACUGCGGAUGCUUCCGCGUGCUAGACCGAUGCACCUGGACCCCUGCGUGGCGAUGGGCCUACGUUACGCCAGCGGGGACCAGACCCGCUUGAUGAGCGGCGACCGCGAGGUGGUCGGAUACGGCAUCAACGGACGCUCCAUCUACUUCGACAGCCAGGACUGCCCCUUCCCGGCCAUUCGCUACCGCGAGGUCACCCCGGAGGUGUGCGCCCUCCGGGAGAAGGAGCUGGGCGAUUGGAAGAAGCUGUCGUUGUGCGAGAAGAAGGUGCUCUACCGCCAUAGCUUCUGUCAGACCUACGCCGAGUUCCAGAAGUUCUCGCCGGACUGGAAGCUGGUCCUGGGCGUUGGGCUUUGGGCGUUGGCGAUCGGCUGUGCUCUGUCCGUAAUGAGCAAGCUGAAUAUGUACAACGACCCGCCGGACACAUACGACGAGGAGCACCGCGCCGCCCAGCUGCGCCGAAUCAUCCAGCUACAAAUCAACCCGAUCCUCGGGCUGUCUUCCAAGUGGUGCUACGAGCGCAACCAGUGGAAGUAAGGAGGACCAUCUCCAAACCACAGACUAGACACAAAAUGCUGGUGAUGCCAAGGAUGAUUAUUGAAUUGCCGUUAGGUUUGGCAUCAACAACUAAAGCUACAACUUCAACUUCAACUACAACUUCAAAAACAACAACACAAGCUGCAAUUGUUGUGUUCUUUAACCCCACUUAACACCACUCGCCCACUACCUUGAAACUAUCAACAGCAUUAUCGAUUGCCAAGCAUCGUUACCUGUUCUAUCAUAAACUUAACUGCCAAAACUAAACCAUACUGGAUACUCGAUACUCGAUGAUACACUUUAUUUGCCUAUACUAACUUAACUAAGACUAGACUAUUCCGUGAAACUGACUACACACCCCUCCCUCAUAACACUAUUCGGCCAAACAAAUGUAACUAAAGCCCACAAUAUACCACUAACCGUAGCACAAUUAGGA